CGCAGCGGAGAGCCGUGCAGCGGGAGGAGCAAACAGCGUGUUUCCGGUAAGAGCGACACACACAACAGUACCACUAGAAACGUUCUGGAGUCUUCUAUCGAGCGGCGCGGAACACACGCGGCAAUGGAAGCCGAGUUUCGGGAAAUCGAUGAGCACGGGAACUGGAACGACGUUUACCAGGAGAUUAGGCAGCAGUCCAGUGACCUACCAUGCAAGAUCGCCAAACUUCCAGAAAACAGAAGUCGUAAUCGAUACAGAGAUGUCAGCCCAUUUGACCACAGCCGUAUUUGUCUACAGAUCGGUUGUAAUGACUACAUCAACGCCAGUUUGAUCUCAGUGGAGGAAGCGCAGAGAAAAUACAUACUAACUCAGGUGACGUGCUGACACUUACACCUCAGAUU